AAAGCUGAUUUUCAAAUAAUUGGUGCAUUGGUAAACACGUGGAUUUAGUUUGGUUGUUGGUUUAGUGUUUGGUUAAAGUAUUUAAGAUAAAAACAGUUAAAAUGAAGAAGGUCGACGAGUCUCUGGCUUUGGAGAAGAAAGAGCAAACCAAGUUCGCUUCGAAGAUAAAACUCCUCAAGGAGCAAGUCAAGGAUGGCGAUGUGAAGGUGGCGGAAGAGGGCUCCUCGAAGGAGAGAGCGAUAAUAUACAUUGGACACCUUCCCCAUGGCUUCUACGAGAAAGAGCUGCGCGAGUACUUCGGACAGUUCGGCAAAGUUACCAAAGUCACUGUGCCCAGAGCGAAGAGGUCCGGCAGACCCAGGUCCUAUGCAUACGUUGAGUUCCUUUUCAUGGACGUCGCCAAGAUUGCGGCGGAAACCAUGGACAACUAUUUGAUGUUUGACAAAAGGUUGGUAGUUAAAGUGUUGCCGCAAGAGAAAUGCAGGAAGCUGAAGUUUGGCGGUCGCCUGUGGGCGGAGAAUUCUACUCCGUACAUCAGCAAAGUGCAGGAAAUCGCAAAGCUAAAAAAUGAGCCACAAUCAGAAGAAAAGUAUAUGAAAAACUCGAGGAGGCAGUUGGGUCAACUCAACAAGAAAAUCAAGAAGCUGGCAGCUCUCGGAAUCAAGCACACAGUCAAGCCUGUCAAUGUGCCCAAAGAACUCAAGGAGGCCUUAAACGUAAAGAAAACAGUUAAAAAGAAUGUCACAAAGAAAACUGCUGCUAAAGUAGUGAAAGCUGAUGUGGAAGAGCUGAAGACGAAGCCUAAGGUGAAUGUUAAAAAAGUUGCAGUUGCAGCUAACAUUGAAGCAAAAAAGAAACCAACACAAAAGGUGAAACCGACAGCAAAAGGUGAAGGAAAGAAAGUUGUUGCUGUUGCUCCAAAGAAGGCGGUGGAAAACAAGAAAAUAACAGUUGAUGUUAAAGUGGCAAAGAAGACUUUGCUUAAAAAGGACAAAGCUGAGAAGGUAAAGAAACCAGCAGCAGUAACGAAGGCUUCUCCCAAGAAAGAGAAAGUUGCAAAGGCGAAGAAGCAGUUGGAGGUGAAAUCUUCACCCAAAAAGGAAGUUAAAGUUCCCGUCAAAGAAGCGCCUAAAAUGCAGAAGAAAAAGAAGGAGGCUCUGGCGAUAAAGAAACCUGCAUUGAGGACGACCAUGAAGAAGAAGGAUAAAGUGUUGCCCGUAAAGAAAGCAUUAUCGAAAGAUAAAAUUGCUGCUAUGAUGAACGACAGUAAUUUGGUAACGAAGAAGACAUUCAAGAGCAAAAAGUAAUUUGUGAUAAUUGUAUUUUUUUGUUAAUAAAAUAAACUAAUUUUGACCUAAAA